AUGAUUGCCAAAGCCCUUCCCAUCGCUCUCCUUGCUGGUGCUGCCUCAGCCACUUGCCCUCUCUCCGUCGAGAUCACCAACGCGGAGAACCACGUUGUCAAUGUCGCAGUCACGAACACGGGCAACGAGUCCAUUUCGGUCUUUAAGGGUAACACGGUGUUCAGCGACCAUGCCACCAAGGAUCUCUUGGUGACUGACGCAGAGGGCAAGGCACUCCCCUUUGAGGGCGUCUUCGUCAACUACAAGCGUACCGGCCUCGCGGCUGGUGCGUUCCAGAAGAUUGAGGCUGGCCAAACCGUCACCGUUUCGGUCAACGCGGCCAAGAGCUACAAGCUCAGCGGCAUCGAGCAGGCCAAGGUCACUGCCAUUCAGGGUUUCCGCUACGCCACGGGAGAGAACACGCCUUCUUCUUUCAAGGAGCUGGCUGUGUGUGCAGAUGUGACGUCCGGCGAAGUAGAGGUCACUCCUGACCAGUCUACCGUUGCUGAGGAGCACAUUUCGCGCAGAGGCGAGCCAGCCAUCUCGUCCCGCAUUCAGAAGCGUUCCAUCACGUACUCUUCGUGCUCCAGCUCGCAAACAAGCACUUUGAAGACCAGCGUCUCCGACGCCAUCUCCAUGGCUAGCAAGGCUUACACUGCUGCUAACACCGCAGCCUACUACUUCACCACUUGGUUCAAAUCAACCUCGGUUGAAUCCAAGGUGCGGACCAUCUACAACGACGUGGCCAACGUCCAGACCACUUCGCCCAAGAUCUCUUGCACCGACACGUACAGCGACUGUACGGACGGCUCUGCUUUGCUGUACACCGUCCCUUCGGCCAACGUUAUUGUCCCGUGCCCUAACAACGGCUUCUGGGACUUCCCCGAGCUCGCCUCGCAAUGCUCGGGUGACGACUAUGACAAGGCUGGUAGCAUCCUCCACGAGAUGACGCACUUGUACGGCACGACCGACUACGCUUACGGCCCUACUGCCGCUCAGGCCCUGUCGGCUAGCCAGGCUGCUGCCAAUGCGGACACUUAUGAGAUGUACGCUGAGAGCGUUCGCCUUGGCGGCUGCAAAACUGGCUAA